CUGGAAACAACCGAUCAUAUAAAAAGACCAAUGAAUGCAUUUAUGGUAUGGUCAAGAAUUAGAAGGAAACACGUUUUCAGUCAAAACCCGAGACUUCAUAAUUCAGAGAUUUCUAAGCGCCUUGGAGCUGAAUGGAAACUACUAUCAGAAAUAGAAAAAAUGCCAUUUAUUGAUGAGGCUAAAAGAUUGAGGACCCAGCAUAUGGUAGACCAUCCGCAGUACAAAUACAGGCCCAGACGAAAAACGAAAGAUGUAAAAGAUUGUAGUGAUUCAACUGGUAGAAAAACGAAUUCAUGUUGCGAUCCAUUGCAGCUCGCUAUCAAUAGAACAUUUUAUGCCUCAUGUGAGAAACUUCCAACAAUCACAUUAGGAAGUACAUCUAUUGAUUCCGGAAACUAUUCUACUGGAAACAAUAUUGCCUAUGUUUCAACAUCAAAUUAUAGUGCCUCGUUGUCUAACAUGUCCGACGGUUUUUCAGCCCGAUCUUGGCCAAUUACGAACCACUCAGGAACUCAACAACCAGCAAAAUAUGUAUGUAAUUAAUAUGUAUAAUGUACAUAAUUCAAAGAACGCGAGCAACCUUUAGACCACCUAAUUUAUAAAUUCACAGGCUUCAACUUAUG